UUUCAAUUGAAUACCGAGUGAUACAAGCGAAUCGUGCGAAUCUCGCAGCAUUUUCUCACAAGCGAUUUUUUUUUAACAAAUAUUGAUUCAAACUACUCCAAGAAAAAUGUCUCUUCUACCGUAUUUGUUCGACGACUUCCCCGUCCACCGUCCACGCCGUCUGCUGGACCAACACUUCGGAUUGGGAAUCACACCUGAUGAUCUGCUAACGAUUGCUGCUGGACCGUUGCUAACCAGACAAUACUACCGACCAUGGCGUCACCUUGCAGCUGCAGCGCGUGACAUCGGUUCCAACAUCAAGAACGAAUCGGACAAGGUUCAGAUCAACUUGGACGUACAGCACUUCGCACCGGAAGAAAUCUCAGUUAAAACAGUCGACGGGUAUAUUGUGGUUGAAGGCAAGCACGAAGAAAAGCAAGAUCAACAUGGAUACGUUUCUCGUCAAUUUGUUAGAAGGUACGCUCUUCCUGAAGGCACAUUACCCGAAACAGUUGAAUCAAAACUUUCUUCCGACGGAGUGUUGACGAUCACAGCGCCGAAGAAGGUUCCAGAAGCAAUCAAAGGCGAAAGAAAGGUUCCCAUUGCACAGACCGGACCAGUGAGGAAAGAAAUUAAGGAUCAGAGCGAAGGAACUAACGAGAAGCCACAGUAGGGUUUUAUUCGCAUUCCAAAGAUUAGGCAGUGCCAUAAGACUGAUUUGUUUCUUUUAAUUUGUACCUCUUAAAGAAUAUAAAUAAAUGUUUUUUUUUUAACAUA